CUGCUGGGUCACCGUGAGGAUAUCUGUGCUGCAGGAUUGAGUGUUUUCAUGGAAAAUGGCGAGAUGGGUUCACGCGUGUCUGCUGCUGCUGGUGAUUUUCAGCGGAUCGUGGACCGCAGUGGACACGCUCACAUUUCCACAGCAUUACACGAUCAUGCACUGGGCUCGUCGCAUUGAACAGGAGAUUGACAGAGUCUUGCAGCACAUCAGCGGGGCUCAACAAUUGAAAGGGAUCUACGGUGAGAAGAGAAGACAGUUCAGUUUGGUCAGAAAUAACCCUCGAGAAAUUGUAGAGAAAGUUGCGACUGACAUCGAGAGACUGCUGGCCAAGAAACGCAAAGCACUUGAGAAACUUGCGAGUGAAGCGGAGCGUCUUCAGAAAGAUCAUCGGUGGCAGGAUGGAAUCAAGGAGGAAAAUAUUGAAUAUUAUAACUCUAAAGCAGAGAUGGACUAUGACGGUGAGGACAUUGAUUCCCAGAUGUCAUUGAAACUGGAUUUUAUGUAUGAUCCAAACUUCAAAAACCAUGUGAACUACUCACACACCGCUGUCCAGAUCCCCACAGACAUCUACAAAGGCGCUCCGGUGAUUCUGAACGAGCUGAACUGGACGCAAGCGUUAGAGCGAGUCUUUAUAGAGAACAGCAGAGACGACCCGUCGUUGCUCUGGCAAGCAUUUGGAAGCGCCACCGGUGUCACGAGAUAUUAUCCAGCUGCUCCCUGGAAAGCGCCGGAUAAGAUUGACCUUUAUGAUGUACGACGACGACCCUGGUACAUUCAAGGAGCAUCCUCGCCCAAAGAUAUGGUCAUCCUCGUAGACGUGAGCGGCAGUGUCAGUGGACUUACUCUCAAACUGAUCAAAGCUUCGGUCACAGAGAUGCUCGACACACUCUCCGACGAUGAUUUCGUCAAUGUGGCCAGGUUCAAUGAGAAGGCCGAGGCGGUGGUGCCCUGCUUUAAACACCUGGUUCAAGCGAAUGUGCGCAAUAAGAAGAUCUUUAAAGAGGCUGUGCAGCAGAUGCAGGCCAAAGGAACCACCGAUUACAAAUCCGGCUUUCACUUUGCCUUCAACCAGCUGCUCAACAAGACGAAUGUUCCUCGAGCCAACUGUAAUAAAAUCAUCAUGUUAUUUACUGACGGAGGGGAGGACCGAGCUCAGGACAUCUUUGAGCAGUACAACUGGCCCAAUAAGACGGUCCGUGUGUUCACGUUCUCGGUGGGGCAGCACAAUUAUGAUGUCACUCCGCUGCAGUGGAUCGCAUGUGCUAAUAAGGGAUACUAUUUUGAGAUCCGCUCCAUCUGUGCUAUAAGGAUUAACACCCAGGAAUAUCUGGACGUGUUGGGCCGCCCCAUGGUUCUGGCAGGAAGAAGUGCCAAGCAGGUGCAAUGGACCAACGUCUAUCAGGACGUGCUGGGUCUGGGGCUGGUGGUGACGGGGACGAUGCCGGUGUUCAACCUCACUGUGGACGGAAACUCUCAGAAUCAGCUGAUUUUAGGGGUGAUGGGAGUCGAUGUUCAUCUGGAUGAGCUGAAGAGACUCACGCCACAAUACAAGCUGGGAGCAAACGGAUACAUCUUCGCCAUUGACCCAAAUGGAUACGUGCUGAUGCAUCCGAACCUGCAGCCUCGAGAGGAGGAUUUGCCAGAGCCGGUGACGCUGGACUUCCUGGAUGCUGAAGUAGAAGACAGCAGCACACAGGAGAUUCGCCGGCAAAUGAUUGAUGGCCGAUCAGGAGAGAUGAUGAUCAAAACUCUAAUUAAAUCAAUUGACGAGCGCUACAUUGACGAGGUCACGCGUAUGUACUCCUGGACGCCCAUUAACAACACUGAUUACAGUCUGGGUCUGGUACUUCCUCCAUACAGUGAAUAUUACAUCCAGGCUGAUCUCAGCGAUGUCAUGCUGCAGCUGCAGUAUUUACAGUCCCUGCUGCCGAACUCGUUUGAGUCGGCUGGUCACGUGUUUCUAGCUCCCAGAGAAUACUGCAAGCGUCUGCAGAUGGCUGAGAAUAACACACAGUUCCUGGCGGACUUCCUGUCUCUGAUGGUGGAGAUCUCACCUGAAUCUGAAGACUGUGAUCAGGGUCUCAUUCAUAACCUGAUCUUGGAUUCUGGGAUCCUCUGGAAUCUCGCCACACGCGUUUGGCAGAACAAGGAUCUCAACACGUACGGCUUCCUGGCGCUGUUCGCAUCCACCAAUGGAGGCGUCACGCGCGUUUACCCCAACACAGCUGCUGAAUCAUGGGACGAGGAUCCUGAACCUCUGAACUCAAACUUCUUCCGCCGCACUCUGGACAACAAAGGCUACAUCUUCAGAGCGCCAGCGCGAACCUCAGUGGAUGAUCUGUUAAUCUCAGAGAACGGCACUGUGGGGAUUUUGGUCACCAGCGCCGUGGAGGUCGUGAUCUCAGGCAAAACCAUGAAGCCUGCAGUGGUUGGAGUUAAGCUGGAUUUGGAGGCCUGGGUCGACAAGUUCAAGAUACUCGCCAGCAACGUAUCAGACAGCAGACAGGCCGCUCAUAAGUGCGGCCCCUCCAGAUCCUGUGAGAUGGACUGUGAAGUGAACAGCGAUGAUUUGUUGUGUUACCUGAUUGAUGACGGAGGUUUCCUGGUGAUGUCCAAUCAGAGAGACCACUGGAAGAAGGUGGGUCUGUUCUUCGGCGAGGUCGACCCCUACCUGAUGUUCGCCCUCUACAACAGCUCAAUCUACGCCCGUCAUCAGACCUUCCAGUAUCAGUCAGCCUGUGAGCCGACAGCCAGCAGCCACACGGGAGCUGCGCACAGAGGAUUCUAUGUGCCCUCCAUUGCUGAUUUUCUCAGUCUGGCCUGGUGGACGUCAGCAGCGGCGUGGUCUGUCCUGCAGCAGUUCCUGUAUGGACUCAUCUACAGCAGCUGGUUCACCACAGAAGAUGUCUGGGCUGAGAGUUCGGACACUAAAGGGAGCAGCAGCUGUGUGACGAUUCACAGUCAGUUCUACUUCACUAACACCACCAACUCCUUUAACAUGCUGCAGGAUUGUGGGAACUGCUCCAGAUUGUUCCACGCCAAGCGUAUAGAAAACACAAACCUAUUGUUUGUGGUGGCAGAGACGCUGCCCUGCAGCUCCUGCGAGAUCGAGAAACUCCUACCUGUCAGAACAAAGUCUCAAGAAGAGAAUCCGUGUGAGGUGUUAAACUCCGCCCGCUAUCGGAAAGGACCUGACAAAUGCUUCGACUACAACUCAGAGGAGAACGCGUCAGAGUGUGGCAGCGCUCACUCUUUACACUGUCCGAUGCGAGUUCUGCUCUGGAUUCCGUUAUUGUGGCUUUACCUCAUUCUACGAUCGUAAUCCAAGUCCCACUGCCUUCAGUGUUUCUGUCCCUCAUCCGUACGCCACUCCCGCUGUGUGCCGUUACAGCAGAGCAUGAUGGGGAAACGUGGAACAUUGUGCAGAUCCAAAAAAAAA